UGCCAGCUGACAGCAGCAGCCGCGCGGGCGGUGGCUCGCGCCAGAUCUACUGUGGACACUCGAGCCCCAAAUCCAGUAGCUAGCGCUGCUCAGCCGUUGCGGCAAUUUCGUUUACGCGACAUCUGCAACGCUGCACCAGCUUUAAGCGCGCGUUGGGAGGAGCCCUGGACGCAGCCUGCGCCAGGGCCAGCCCUAUUCUGCUACCAGCGCGGCUACGGCUGCUUGCCAUGAUUGCUGUGCUUUUGACGUGAUCUGUAGCGGUGUUUGGCGCUUACGGAACCCAGCCUAACAGUGCUAGGGCUUGGACCUGCACCCGUUUACUUCUCCAGCUAAUUCAUCUCCUGUAACGUGCUCAGGGCGUAACACGGUAGUCCACAACAGCAAAACACCAGUAGCGCACAGCUAACAGCGCUGCAGUAGCGUGGUACGGAUUCUCCUGAGUAUUUCAGGCCUUCUCCACACAACUCUUGCAUACAUUUAUUCUCUUUGCUCCUCUUCCAAGCUCUCACACACACACGCUCUCCCUCUGUGACCUACUGCUUCCUUUGACAAGUGCCCAGCCAAGCGUCCAGCAACCCACACAGCUUCUUUCCUUCAAAGUUUAUACGCAUAGCGUCUUCGUUAGCGUCGUGCGUUUUGUGGCAUUACGUACGCUUGCGAAACCUUGCAAGGCUUGCUCAGACACCCGUGCUGCUUGCCGGCCUUCCGCUUUCGAACAAAACCGCGGUCCAGCCCCGGUUCUUCGCAAGCUCCAAAGCUUUCAUAUACCCCACUUAAGAUGUCCAAGUUCAUUCGCGUCGCCGUGUGCAUCCCGGGGCCUCCUAAGGUGGAGGCGGACAAGGCCAAGCUGCGAAGCCCUUGGGCCUCCUUCCGGCCGGCUUCCCCAGCACCUUACCGGCCCUCCCUCAACAGCCCCCCGCGCUCACCGGCAUCCUCGGUUGCCGGCGCGCCCCUGCUGCACCCCCGCCCACUGCCUACGUCUCCCAUUGAGACGUACCAGUGGAAUAACAAAUUCAUGCUGGCGAACCCGCCGCUGUUUCACGUUGACCCCGAUGAGCCGGAUGCCGACCUGCUGGCAGACCUAUGUAACCUCUGCCAGGUCUCGUGCCCGCGCACCCCCUUCACGCCCGAGGAGGACGCUCGGGCCACCGCCAUCGCCAAGGCGAUAUGCUCUGGCGCGAUUACUACUUACCGCACCGCCAACGCCUUCGCGCGCCGGUGCUGAAGACUUGGUGGCUGACACGCACGUGUGAAGCGAAUGCAUCCAGCUGUGCAAGCCGACCCGCUCGACUCGUACGGUACUGACAAGUCGGAGGACAGUUGUACAUAGUUUAUGAUGCGUACUUGUUAAGUGUGAGUCAAUGUGGUUAGCUAAGCGCUGAGCGGUGACCUCGAUCGUGACACCACCUGGUGUUGGCUGGCGGCUGCACGCCCAUGCUAGUACUGCCGUUGUCGUGCCGUGCCGUGCCUUGUGGCAAGCUCGGGGCUUAAGGUUGCGUGCACGUGAACAAGGAACCCCACUGCUGUGACGAGAUAGGUGUCACGUGACCACACUACUGAAGUGCUUAUUUUUUCUUACUGAGAUAGUGAGGGCGCGCGGUGUUUAUUCAUGGUGAAAGGCGCGCGCGUACAUCAGUUAGUUAUUUUAGUACUAAAGGCGCGCUAGCUAGGUCUUGCAAUUGCAAGUUUAUAAAGUGACACCCUUGUGAGGGGGCUUGUCGUGAUUUAUGCGUUUGGACUUCCUAGCUGUCAGGUUGCUCUUUUAUUGUGUUUG